AUGGCAUCGAAAGGGAGAUUACACCCUCGGGGUCCUUCACGCAAUUCGUCAUCACCAACGCUCAUCUUUUCGAUACUCAUCAUCUGUUUAUUCUUCAUUUUGAUUCUUCUCGCUCUUGGAAUUCUUUCGAUUCCAAGCACUUCACGCAAUUAUCCGAAUGCUCAUGAUCUGAGCUCCAUUGUGCACCGUAUUACCAACGCUGACAGAAGUGAAGGCAGCGAUGGUAGAGUAGAUCAUUGGGCUGAAGUGAUCUCAUGGGAGCCUAGAGCCGUCAUCUAUCAUAAUUUCCUGUCGCAAGACGAGUGUGAACAUCUAAUUAAAAUUGCUAAACCUCAUAUGGAAAAGUCAACAGUCGUCGAUAGCGUCACUGGAAAGAGCAAAGAUAGUAGGGUACGUACGAGUUCUGGUACAUUUCUGGAACGAGGCCAAGAUGAAACAGUUCGGGCCAUUGAGAAAAGGAUUGCAGACUUCACCUUCUUGCCUGUAGAACACGGGGAAGGACUUCAAGUUCUCCACUAUGAAGUAGGUCAGAAAUAUGAACCUCACUAUGACUACUUUCUUGAUGAUUACAACACCAAGAAUGGGGGUCAACGGAUGGCUACAGUUCUGAUGUACCUAUCGGAUGUUGAAGAAGGGGGUGAGACAGUCUUCCCUUCUGCAAAGGGAAACAUUAGUGCUGUACCGUGGUGGAAUGAACUAUCUGAAUGUGGUAAAGGUGGGCUAUCUGUUAAACCAAAAAUGGGGGAUGCGUUGCUUUUCUGGAGCAUGAAGCCAGAUGCAAGUCCGGAUCCUUCAAGUUUGCAUGGUGGGUGCCCCGUUAUUAAAGGGAACAAGUGGUCCUCUACAAAAUGGAUCCGCAUCAACCCUUAUAACGCUUAAUUUUGGUUUGAAA